CCCAUCCCGAGCGCAACAGCCGGACACUUCCCCGCCGGCAGCCGCGGAGCUAGAGACCCCCCAACCAUGCCGCGGGCUGCGCAGGGCACCGGGCAGUCGCAGGGGGCAGCCAGGCGCCGGGGCGGCUCCGGGGGGGCGUGAGGGCGGAGCACCCCUGGGAAGGAGCCGGGACACUGCACAUGGCUGCGCCCGGGAGCUGGCUCUAGGGGGCCCGCACCCCUGUGCGCCCAGGGCCCUUCCUCCAGCGGAACCCCGGCCGGGGGCGGCGUCUUGUGGCUCGGGGGCGCCCGGCGAGGAUGGGCUGAUGGGCUCGGGGCCGCCCCGCAGGAUGCGCUGCGCGGCAGGGCUGCUCUGCCUGGCCGCCUGGCUGUGCGCGGGGAGCGCCCGCAGCUGCCCCGCGCAGAUCCCCAGCUGCAAGUGCGUGGGGGAACGGCCCAAGGGGCUGGGCCUGCCCGGCGCGGCCCGCAGGAAGGUGAUCUGCAGCGACCAGGAGCUGCUGGAGCCGCCCGACCCCCGCCUGCUGCCCAACACCACGGUCACCCUGCUUUUGAGUAACAACAAGAUAACGGUGCUGAAGAAUGGCUCUUUCUUCGGACUGCGUGCUCUCGAGAAGCUGGACCUCAAGAACAACUUGAUCAGCACGAUCCAGCCCGGCGCGUUCCUGGGCCUCUUGGAGCUGAAGCGCCUAGACAUCUCCAACAACCGCAUCGGCUGCCUCAGCGCCAGUGUCUUCCAGGGACUCGCCAACCUCCUCCGGCUGAAUGUGUCAGGGAAUAUUUUCUCCAGCCUCCAGCCCGGUGUCUUUGACGAGCUGCCAUCUCUGAAAGUCGUUGACUUUGCCACCGAGUACCUGACAUGCGACUGCAACCUGCGUUGGAUGCUGCCCUGGUCCAGGAACCGCUCGGCUCAGAUCUCCGACAAGACGCUGUGCAUCUACCCCAGCCCCCUGCAUGCCAAGCCGCUGAGGAGCGUCAGGGAGAGCCAGCUGCAGUGUGUGGGCGCUCCGGAGCUGCACACCCACCACCUGAUCCCUUCGCUGCGGCAGGUGGUGUUCCAAGGCGACCGCUUGCCCUUCCAGUGCACAGCCACCUACCUGGACAGCAGCACCCGCAUCCUGUGGUACCACAACCGGAUGCUGGUGGAGGGGGACGAGCAGACUGGCAUCAUCCUGGAGGAGAGUCUCAUCCAUGACUGCACCUUCAUCACCAGCGAGCUCAUCCUCUCCAACAUCCACGUCUCUGCCAACGGCGAGUGGGAAUGUGCCGUCUCCACCUCCCAGGGCAACGUCAGCAAGAAGGUGGAGAUCGUGGUGCUGGAGACGUCGGCCUCGUACUGCCCGGCCGAGAGGGUCACCAACAACCGUGGGGACUUCAGGUGGCCCCGCACCUUGGCUGGUAUCACUGCCUACCAGUCCUGCCUGCAGUACCCCUUCACUUCGCUGGCCGCGAACGGGAGCCCUGUGGCGGAGAAGCAGGCGUCGCGGCGCUGUGACCGCAUGGGGCGCUGGGAGGAGGGUGACUACUCGCACUGCCUGUACACCAACGACAUCACCCGCGUGCUCUACACCUUUGUGCUGAUGCCCAUCAAUGCCUCCAAUGCCCUGACGCUGGCGCACCAGCUGCGCGUGUACACAGCUGAGGCUGCCAACUUCUCCGACAUGAUGGACGUCAUCUAUGUGGCCCAGAUGAUCGAGAAGUUCAUUGGCUACGUGGACCAGAUCAAACAGCUCCCAGACGUCAUGGUGGAGAUGGCAAGUAACAUGAUGCUGGUGGAUGACCACAUCCUGUGGAUGGCUCAGACUGAGGACAAGGCCUGCACCAGAAUCGUCCGCUCCUUGGAGAAGAUCGCGGGCUACGUGCUCAGCAGCAACUCGCAGCAUGUGGCAGUGAACUCGAGGAACAUCGCCUUCGAGGCCUACUUGAUCAAGCCAGAGAGCUACACGGGGCUGAGCUGCACGGCCUUUCAGAAGCGAGACAGCGGGCGCCCAUCGCUGCAGGAGCAGGAGGCUGAGUCCCUGGCUGACCAGCAGCUGAAGUUCAGGUGCACCACGGGCCGUCCCAACAUCUCGCUAGCCAACUUCCACAUCAAGAACAGCAUCGCUCUGGCCUCCAUCCAGCUGCCCCCCAGCCUGUUCUCCACCUCGGCCCCGUUCUCCCUGCCCCAGGCCUGCAAGGUCCAGUUCCUGGUGUUCCGGAACGGCAAGCUCUUCCGCAGCACCGGCAACUCUUCCCGCCUGGCCGACAAUGGCAAGCGCCGCAGCGUGGCCACCCCUGUGAUCUACGCCGGGACACAUGGCUGUGGGGUCAGUAACCUCACCGAGCCCGUCACUGUCUCGCUGCGCCACUUCAGGGAAGGGGCCGACCCCAUGCCUGCCCACUGGAACUUCGAAGUGCUGGGGGGCAACGGGGGCUGGAGUGCCGAGGGCUGUCAGCUGGCCCACCAGGAGCCCAACAUCACCACCCUGCUCGGCCGGCACCUGAAUAACUUCGCAGUGCUCAUGGAACUCAGCAAUUUCCCCAGUGAGGCACCAGGCCCAGCUGAGGUUCUGCAUCCUGUUCUUUACACCUGCACUGCCCUCCUGCUGCUGUGCUUGUUCACCACCAUCAUCACUUACAUCAUCAACCACAGCACCAUUCAGAUCUCCCGGAAGUGCUGGCACAUGCUGCUUAACCUCUGUUUCUACAUUGCCAUGACAUCGGCCGUGUUUGCGGGAGGCAUCACUCUGACCAACUACAUGAUUGUCUGCCAAGCAGUCGGCAUCAUUUUGCACUACUCCUCCUUAUCCACUCUUCUGUGGAUGGCAGUGAAGGCCAGAGUCAUCUACAAGGAGGUGACGUGGAAGGCACCGCAGCAGCAGGAAGGGGACGUGCCGCAGCCAGCCCCUCGGCCCAUGCUACGAUUCUAUCUGAUUGCUGGCGGGAUCCCCCUCAUCAUCUGUGGGAUCACAGCGGCUGUCAAUAUCCACAAUUACCAAGAUAACAACCCCUACUGCUGGCUGGUGUGGAGGCCGAGCCUUGGGGCUUUCUACGUUCCUGUGGCUUUCAUUUUGCUCAUCACUUGGAUUUACUUCCUGUGCACUGGGGUCAACCUCUGGUGCCAGUCAAAGAACCAAAAAGACCCUCCAGUGCCCCUCGAGACCCCCCCAAGGUUGGGUGGCAGCAGCAACCUCUUGACAGACUCAGGCUCCAUCUCGGUCACCCUUAACUCCGGGACACCUAGCGCCGACGUGGAUGGCGUCUACUCGUUGAAGAUGCAGUUCUGGGCACUGCUGAUCACCCAUUUCUUGUACAUUGCACUGUGGACAUUUGGGGCCGUGGCCGUGUCCCAGCGCUGGUACCUGAACGUCAUCUUUAGCUGCCUCUACGGGGUAACGGCUGUGGCACUGGGGCUCUUCAUCUUCAUCCACCACUGUGCCCGGCGUCGAGACGUGCAGAACUCCUGGUUUGCCUGCUGCCCAUCCUACAGGAAUGCGCUGCCCAUGCAAGCCUAUGUCCACCCGGGCCUGGCGGCAGAGGAGGGCUCGCAGAUCUUCAUCGGGUGCAACCCCGAGGUGGCUCAUUCCAUCAAGUCCUCUUCCUCACCCAGCAGCACCAACUCCACUGUGGGCCACUGCAAGCUCACCAACCUGCAGGUGGCUCAGAACCAGGCAGAGAGCUGCCCCCUACCACAGCCAGCCUGCUACGAAGAGACGGAGCCGGCCAACAACAAGAACGCCGGCGCGGCCAGGUAUGCUAACAACAUACAUGGGCGCAGGAACCACAAGAGCAGAACUAAGCAGUACCGGGAGGGGAAGCACCACCGCUUGAAGGUGCUGCGGGGGCCUUCUUCGGAUCACCCCUCCAGCGAGAGUGGAAGCCUCCACAACAGCCAUUCCGAGAGCUACCACAGCAGCAGAAACAGCCCCCUGAACAACAGCCGCCUAGGACCGAGGGUAGCAGCUGUGCAGGAGGGGGAUGCUGCUCUGACCCAAUCCGAAGGGAGCGACGGUGGUAGCAGCGGCCAUCGGGUUCCUGACUUCAGCAGAGCUCAGAGGAGAAGCACUAGCAGGGACAACCUCAAACAGGCCCACACCAUCGAGAAAGAGACUAAGCGGAGAUCCUACCCGCUCAAUGUGGCCAACCAGAACGGGGGGCUGAAAGGCAGUAAGUACGAUAUAAACCUCACCGGUGCAGACAGCAUGGCCGGCAUGAAGACCGGCCUCUGGAAGAGUGAAACAACCGUCUAGAGCGCUGAAGGGGCCGGGCAGCUAGAGUAUCCCAGCAUGUUUCUCCUCGGGCAAAGGAGCGGCUCGCUCAGCCAGCGGCAGGGCGUGGGGAAUGGCGCUGCUAACUGAAGGCAGCUUCCAUCCGAGUCUAAGUGUGUUAUAAACAUGGAAGUGCACUACAGGGGCCUGGGUGGUACUGUCCAGGAUGUUUGAAUUCCUCUAUCAAUCAGCAGGUAACGGUGGGGCUUGUUCCACCUGGGUGCUGGAAUGGAGAGAGUCAGAGCACAGCACCCAGCUGAGCACAUCGACAAGCCUCAUCUAAUUCUCAAUGGACACGGGAGCACUAAGAUCUUAGGUGAAAGACAAUCAUUGCAAUUCAGGCUGCUGAGGGGCAAUCUUAUUUUAAUCACUUCUGCAUGUCACGGGAGACUGAUUCUAAAGGCUAUUUUAUAAAUCUACAGAAGAAAAAUGUUUAUUUUUCAAAUCUAUAUUAUUGUAUGUAUAUAUGUAUAGACUGACUGGUAGCUGAUGGAAGUGCCUCCAUGUUACACAAUCGGUGUUCUAGGAGCAGCGAGUCUCCCCUUAGGAGUUUUGGCAAGAACUUACUUUUGCCAUCCAGUGUCGGUUAGUAGACCGGAACUAGCGCCUUCGUGCAAAGACGCUGCAGUAGAGAUGUGGCUGUUUCAUCCGUAUGAAAAACACAUUUUCAGACAGAGAGACUUUAAUGACAAGUAUUUGAGCUGACUGUUCUUAAAUGUAUAUUUAGCCCUAUGGGUUACUGAGCUACCAAAGUAAAAGCCAUAGUUAAAAAUGAACAAGAGGUAAGAUAAGAAAAAGCUCCAAGCAAAGUAAAUUGUCUGCAUCUGACAGACACUAAAAUCGCUGCAGGAAAACUGCUCUCGAGCUGGGUUAAACACCCUCCGAAGCCCAUGCUCUGCAAAAGGAUUGUUCGCUGCAGCAAAGAGGCUUCAGGGGCAUUAUUUUGUAUGUAUGUUACGCUCACUGUGAAAGUCUCGUGCCUUGUGUGUUGGGAGUACUGGCUACUCGGGAGGGAACCAAAGAGUUGGACAGUGGGCAGAGGUACAGAUAUCGAUACUGGCCCAUAAAUCCCAUUUAGCAUGUUCAAAAAUGUUUCAUUUUGCUCUUGAAGCAAAAACCAUUUACAUGAAUGUGAAUAGAUCAUUCAGAGUCGACCAAUCCACGAGGAAAGAACAUUUUACAGACUAGGGCUGGUUCUAUUAAGUGAAAAGAAUCUUGCUAAACUAGUAGGACAAUUGUUCAGGCCACACAGGGUCAGAGAAAAACAGAUUUAGGUAAGUGUAUAUAUAAAACUCAUCCUUCCUAAUACAUUUUUAAAAGGGCUGGUACUUGGCUUGGCUAAGCACUUGAUUUUUUUUAUUGGACAAACAAGUGCCCUUUUUCUAGUGUAAAAUAUAAAGCAGCUUCUUGCUAUAAAUACAGACAGGGCCCAGAGCCUGGUGUUGAAAAGGAGCCUUCGGUUAAAAUGUUUAUAGAAAAAUGUCUCCUAAAAAAGGAAGUUGCCAUUCAAAACAGUGCCCAGCAAUAAGUUCCAUGUUCCAGUUGUGUGAGCAUGAGCUGAGAGUUGCUGCCAAUUCCACCACCUAUCACUAAAGAAACAUAGUGAGAACUCAUGAGGCAUUGAACUGGGGUACUCAAGCCACCAGUAAUUUCAUAACCUAACCAGUGGAUGAAGAAAGAAACAGCCCUUAGAAUUCUCCUUUCCCCUCUGUCCGGCACUCAUUCCCUACACAGAAUUUGCGUUUGCCUUUCAAAAGGAGUUUUGACCAGAGGUCAGCCGAGAAGAGACCUGUGGUGCAGUUCAGAGAAGAUAAUUUUACCCUUGUUCCUAUAGUCAGCAGGGAGACCCGGUGCCUUAAUUGUUCUCCUGCUAUUUUGGCUGCUUUUGUCCUACUUGAAAUCAAAGGAGGAUUAGAAGAGUGGGGCACAUUGCCUUGGACACAGGACUACAAGCCAGGAACCUCCUGCACUCUAAGCCCAGCUCUGAUACAGACUCCUCUUUGUGGCUGGAGCCAAGUCACAACCUCUGUGCCCCUGUAAAAAUGGGUAUCAACACUUCGCUACCUCCCAAGGGGUUAGUUAUGGACUGAAGUGCUAGAAGGCAUGCAUGGAGCCAGCAUUCAGCCACAAGCCAGUGCUCAUGUCCACACCAUUUCUAAGAGAUUUGGGGUGGAAAGAUGCAGGAGUUAACAAAUUAUACAGCACUUAAAAGAUUUUUUCUCUAUUUCUUCCUCUCCAUUCUGAACACCCCCCCCCCAUCGCUGAAAAACCUAUGGGCUUACACUGCAGUGCUACUACGCCCCAGCCUUGUUAGACUUCCCCCUGUUUAAACGUGCUUUGUAUUUAAUACAAUUUGAAUCAGAUGCUGAUACCCCAACCUACACACUCUUGCUGAUGCUGAACGUGUUAUAUGCUUGCUGCACUGUGACAGUAUUAUAUAAAAGCUUUGUAUUACACUUAUUUUGUCUGUUUACAUUACAAGCAAAUGACAUAUCAACAGAGCUUCUUGCAAUAUACAUGGGGGAGGGAGCGGGAAAAAAGUGCCAAAGAAAAUGUGUUUAAAGGGUUGGGGGGUUUUGCAUUUUUUUUAUAUAAACCGAAUGUUUCUAGCAGAUAUGUUUUGUUUUAAUAUAUUAAAGAUUUGCAAAUCUA